UUUUUAUUCACAAAAGCUAGCCAACUGUGUCCAGCUUUGCUUUACUAAUGGCAAUUUCGCAUGCACUGCCUCACAAUUGUCCUCACCUCACCAACCAACACAGUUAUAAAUACCAUCAUCAACCAUUUUUCAUACACAUACUUAUCCAUUCAAUCACUACCAAUUGCUGAAGAACUUUCACUCACUAGACACUGCCACUGCUUUCUGGAGAUGGCUUUAACUUCUUCUUACAUGCUUCUAUUCCCCCUCCUAGUGAUGGUUGCCUUUGCUGGUGACUUCAACAAAGACUUUGAUCUCACUUGGGGAGAUGGCCGCGCCAAGAUACUGAACAAUGGAGAGUUGCUCACUCUGACACUGGAUCAAGCAUCUGGGUCGGGAUUCCAAUCAAAGAAUGAAUAUCUCUUUGGGAAGAUUGACAUGCAGCUCAAGCUUGUCCCUGGAAACUCUGCUGGCACUGUCACCGCCUAUUAUUUAUCUUCAAAAGGAUCAACUUGGGAUGAGAUAGACUAUGAAUUUCUGGGGAAUCUAAGCGGUGACCCAUACAUUCUUCACACAAACGUUUUCAGCCAAGGCAAAGGGAACAGGGAACAACAAUUCUAUCUAUGGUUUGAUCCAACCGCCGAUUUCCAUACUUACUCUAUCACGUGGAACCCCCAGCGGAUUAUAUUCUCCGUUGAUGGCACUCCCAUUAGAGAGUUCAAGAACUCAGAGGCCAUUGGGGUACCCUUCCCGAAGAAUCAGCCCAUGAGGAUAUAUUCCAGUUUGUGGAAUGCUGAUGACUGGGCAACAAGAGGUGGACUUGUGAAGACGGAUUGGACACAAGCUCCAUUCACAGCUUCCUACAGAAACUUCAAUGCUCAAGCUUGCAUUUGGUCUUCUGGAGCAUCGUCUUGUGGUUCGAGUGCUUCUGAAUCCACCGGUGGUUCAUCGUGGCUUUCACAGGAGCUGGACUCUGCAGGUCAACAGAGGUUGAAAUGGGUGCAGAGGAACUACAUGAUAUACAACUAUUGCACAGAUGCGAAGCGUUUCCCACAGGGUUUUCCUCCCGAAUGCAACAUCUCUUGAGAGAAACACAAAGCGAUGCACUACUUUUAUCUUAUGUUCUUCUAGGAUAUUUGUGUAUUUAUGUAGCUAUUAUACUUAAAUUCUUUCAUUCGUUCGUUCCCCUGAUGGUCAGCACAGUGUUAGCAGCCAUUUUUAUAAUAAAAUACGUUCUUUUCUAUGAUA